UGAUCCUGAACAUAUCCAACAACGUAAAAUAUCAAAAGUUUCGUUCAUUCAACUGAUCAGUGAUCAUUUUUUGAUUUUCAAACUGUCAACUAAGGAAAUACUCGUGAUGGAUCGAAGUACAAUUAAUUAGCGGAUAGUGGCAGUGAGCAAUUUUAUGUAAAAAAAAUAGAGAAUCAAAUCAACAUUAAGGAGGAAAUUUUGUUUCGGUGAAAAAUAUAAUCUACACCUUGUCUACAACAAAUUGCACAGAAUAAAAAUAGUAAAUCGACUAAAAUCAAAUCGAUUUCAUCACUCACGCCUGAAAUGAAAGCAAGCAUUGUGUAAAGUAACCUUUAUAAGAUGAAUGAAAAUGAAGUAUAAAUAAAUACAAAAUGGCCUACGUUUUGUUUGGAUUUGAGAUAUUUGUAUUGUCGUCUUCUCGUUACGAUAAAGGGGUUUAAUUUAUACCAAAUAUAGAUUUAUUUUACCAAUUCACAUAGUGCCGUAGUGGUGCAGUUAUUUGCUAUAAGAUAAUAACAAUGCAAAAGUAAAUACACCAUAUUCGCCAGUCGGCUCGAAUAAUCUUAUAGUAUUCAUUUAGUAUUAGAUCAUGACUACGGAACAGAAAUUUAACUGUAUAUUUUGUAAAGAUACAUUCCAAAAUAAAGAAGAACUCCAAGAUCAUUUCAGGAAACACGGAGAUCCUAAAUACAAAAAUAAAAACCGGUUCCAGUCACAAGUCCCUAAUAAUGAGGAGUCGAAGGAGAAAACCGAAAUGGUCAGUUGUGAUGUAUGCUCAAAAAUGUUCCCGACGAUAUCGAAGGCUAUUACUCACAAACACAAGGUGCACCCGAAUCACGACGCUAAGUACUUCUGCCAGUGGUGCGGGAAACUCUUCACUAUGAAGCACCUGUAUAAUGUUCAUGUUAAAGCAACACAUGAUAGUGUGGAAAUGCCUGUAAACAACUGUUUUCAUUGUGACAGUUGUGAUGUGGAUUUCUUCUUGCCUUCUGCCAUGUUAUACCACAACAAGUUCUUCCAUCGUCAGGAUACUGAUUUGCCUGAUGUGGGACAGUCUAAGAAAAUUAAAUUAUGCAAUCAGGAGGUUGUGCCAAUAUAUUAUUGUGCAUUUUGUGGUGAAGAAUAUGACAACAAAGUUAAUUUAUUUAAACAUAUGACUGAUGACCAUGGUGAUGAAAACCAGAGUCCUGAGGAAGUGUUAAAGUGUCCCUUGUGUGAAGCAGUCUUCUUUCAUUUAGAUGCUUAUGAAGUACACUUGACCUUCCACACGCCCGAUGAUAUGUACAGUGUACAGAAUGACUCAUUAGGUGAAGUAUUUGACUACUCUCUAGAAACAGUUCCUCCUAUUAUAGAAAAAGUUGAGAGUAUAGAACCAGAAGGACAGGCUGAAGAUACUGAUGCAGAAUCUACAAUCAAUGCUGUAGGCAUUGAAAAGUUUUUAGAGUUGGCAAUGGAUCAACCAGACGAUAGUCCUGUGAAAGUGAAAAAACAUAAGAAACAUAAAAAAUCAAAGAAAGCAGCUAUAACAUUGGAUGAGUUUUUAAGUAUGAAUCAAGACGUGUUUGGCGAGGGCCUUGACUUUCAGGGAAUAGAGGAAGUACCAACGCGAGUCGUUAAAAAUCAGCUCAAGAUUAAAAAAAAGAAUCCCACAAACUCUGUGACACUAUCAGAUUUAGAAAAAUUAAAAAACGCAGGUAUUGUUGUAAAAAAGAAAGUAGCUCAAAAUCCAGUAGUAAAAAACUUACAAGUCAUAUCUAGACCAGUUAAAAGCGAUGUAAAAAUGCUUAAAGUAAACACAGAAAAAGAAUUAACGACUUCGAGCGCGGUUUUGACUAAACUUAUGAAUCAGAGUAACAAUCAAAUAAAAAUAAUUAAAAAGAGUAGCGGCGAAAGUAUAAAAAAAGACCAAAACGUGAAGAGCGACGAUAACUUUGAAGAGGGUGAACCGCAUUGUGCUGAGACUGAUAAAAGCAAUUAUUCUGAAGCAGAACCUGGUACAAGUAGCCAGACCAAUGCUGCUAUACCUGAAAAUGUUCAUAGUCCAGACAAUGAAGAACAAGUAAAGGACAAAUCACUUUGUAGCUCCCCAAUCCUCACAGGUAAAACUCCCGAAGGUCCCUUAUCAGAUAAGGAUGACAGUGGUAUAAACCAAAAUGAUGAAGGAGAUCCUAACGAAUUUGAUACUCCAAGUAUUACUGAAAAAUCACCCGAGAUACACCAAGAAGCUGAGAUUAAGUCACCAAAAGGAGAAAGUCAGGUUUUACAAAAGAGUGAUGAAGAAAUGAAUAAAAAUGAACCACAGCAUUCGGAUUCUGAAUUAGAUGAGAAAAAUGAUGCAGUUGAAUCAGAAAACAAUCAUGAAAACGAUGCAGACAGUGAUGAAAAUCAAGAAGCUAUUGAUAAAAAUAAGCAGCCUAAUAUAAAUAAUUCAGCUAGCGCAUCUUUAUCUAAGUUACAACAAUUAAGUCAUCUUAUCACCGUAAAACCUGUGAGCCAAAACAAAAUGACGACACCAGUCGAACAUGAUAAAAGUUCACAAGCUCCUAGCUCUAAGGCAAUUCCUCAAAUGAUAUCACCUAAUGAAAAAUCUAAUGUAAUAAAACCUAAAGCGCAAGUCGAAAAAGAUCCAACGACAGAUGCUUUAAAAAUUCUAAGCAAGAAUAUCACUGUUAAGUCUCUGUCAACAAAAAGAUCUCUUGCUGAAAACGAAUGUGAAAAUAACCAAUUUUAUGAAGCAGAAGGAUCAAGCAAUAUAAAAGCUCAAAAUGUAUUAAUUAAGAAAAUCAAAGUAGAAAAUGGUGAAACAGAUAAAGGGAUUAUAAAAGCUCCCAGUUGUCCCGGAACGGCUUACGCAAAUAAAUCAGCUGUGGCAAUGAAACCUAAUAGAACUAUCGUUAAAAAUGAGAAUGACAGUGUAAAAUCGAAUAACGCAAAUAUUUUAAAAAGACUAACAGGCAUAACAUCAAAGUCUAUAAGUAAUAAGAAAGUUAAUAAUAACCCUCAGCCUGUUAAACAACCUGAGAUAAUCGAAAUAUUUGACGUAGAUGACUCUGAAGAUGAAGUUGAGAAUGAUAAUAACAGUAAAGUGGAGCACAGUCAGAACUCAGCAUCAUCAAUGGAUGCACUGAAAAACCUCAGUAAAAAUAUAACUGUCAAGUCAAAUAGACCACCGCCAAUGACGAAAAAUAUGAAGCUUAUGAAUGAUAUCAAAGUAGAAAAACAAAACGAAGAUAGUUCUAGCAAUUAUAAAGAAGACUCUAAUGUUGAGGCUCUUAUUAAUAUCCAGAAUAGAAAUAUGGCGCACGUCUUAAAAGGUCUUUGUAAAAAUAUUACCAUCAAACAGGGCAACUCCGCAAAAUCUGUUACAACUCCGGACAUUAAUCAGGAAUCUAAUGUGCCUGAAGAUAAUGCUACGAGUGACUCCGAUUCAUAUCCAGGAAAUGUUAAAAUCACAGAAAUGGAGCAAGGUAUGACCGAUACUGAAGAAAACCUAGAAACAUUGGAACAUCCCACAACCCAGCAUGAUGACCCAAUAGUUGAAACACCUUAUGAUUCUUGCAGUGAUAAGGAAGAAAUGGACGAAUAUGAUGAACAACAAGACUUCGAAUCUGAAAUUAAAGCCAGUACAGUGCAAAAGAGUCAAGAAACAUAUAGUUCUUCAGUUAACUCUGUGUGUUUAAAUAAUUUAAGAAACAUUAGUAAAAAUUUAACAAUUAAGCCUUUGAAUCAGAGUUCUUUGAAUACAGAAGAAAAUAGUAAGACUGUUCAAACUCUUGAACGUUUUGUAAGCAGCCAGAAGAAACAGUUACCUACGAAAUUUAAUAAACAAACAAUGAGAGAGUUUAAAGGCGAUAAUUUGGCCAACCUCAAAAAUCUAAAAGAUUCUAGUCAAUAUGGCGAUACUUCUACAAAUUUAAUGCAUCAAAAGGUGAUGAAUCAAGUGAACACAGUCAACAAAGAGGUAACAGUUAAAACAUUUCAAACAAAAACUGUGAUUCAAGAAAUUACAACAACAGUUACUAAAACCAUAAAAACAGUGAAUCAGACUGUGAAACAGGAACUGAGAACCAAUUAUCAAACAAAUGGGCCCGUAGUUCCGCAAAAAGUCUUAGGGGUAAGACCCAACCAACCCAAGAGCCUGCAAGGUGUAGUUGUUAGACAUGCUGCACCAGGUGCUGGGAUUAAAACAAAUAAUACAUUAAGUCAAAUCAGACCAGCCGGCACUGUUGUCCGACCUAGCAAACAAAACGUUCCGAUGCGAACUGGAAAUUAUUCGCCGAGAUCUAAUCUCCCAAGAACAUCGGUUGGUAAGCAAGUUGCGAAUCCUACCAAUUUAAAUCCCACCGUAGGGAAGUCAGUAAAAAUAUCGCCAACAGCGAUGGUUUCUGGAAUAACAAAAAGGCCUAACACUGAGGACGUGAGCGGUCCAUUCAGCUGUUUUAAAAAACCAAAAGAGUCAUUAAUCCCUGUGUCGGAUAUACCGUCUUUCACGAGCAGCGGCGAUUCGCCGUCCCACUUUAGUGCAGCUUCACACACUAGCAGUUCUAAUGUUACUAACACGAAAAUAGUCAAAGGUAACUCUGUUGUGACCGCUAAACAAGUAAAAUCACAAGUAAACACAAGCCAACAGUUCAGUCGAGUCAAUAAUAACACUGGGUUGAAAAUAAUGUCUAGUCAAGCCAAACAAACUCAGGUGCAAGAAAAAAGUGAAACAAGUUCUAUGAAUCGGACUACUUUAGAAGCUAUACAAAAACUACAGAAACAAGGACUUUUAGUUAAGAAACCCCGUAGCGACGUGAAUGACAGUAGCAGAAGUUCCAACCACGAAGGUGACGAUUCGGCAGAUGAAACAGAUGAAUAAUUUAAUCAUGAAAAUAAAUAAUAAAAAUUGUAAAUAAAUGCAAAAAGUUGACUGAUCCAUAUAGGUUUAAAGUCUUGCACAAGAAGCCAAGUUAUGAUAUUGUACAUUCUGAAUUUAAUAUAUAAAUUUGUCUGCAUUUUUGGACAAUAACGUACCAAUUCCUAUGAUUAUUAUAUUUAAUUAAUUCUAGAAGCGCGAGUUAUUUUUCAUAAAAUAAUUCUUUUGUAUGAAUUUUUUCGCCGUUGACAAAUCUGUAUGGUACUUUAUGUUCUUGACAUUUCUGUAUUUAUAAGGAUAAGUAUGGUUUUAGUGACCUUAUUGUUAUGCGGAUAUUAAGUUUAUAUCUAUAAGUUAUUGUGGAAACUCGAAAUAACAAAAAAAUAUAAUAUCUUUCAGAUGCUAAGCCUUGUCUUUUACAACAUUGAUAUUCAACACCAAAACCGAAAGAAUCCGUUCAAAAUAGUUUUUUUUUUUUGGUUGAGUAAGUAAGUGUUACAGUGUAAAUCUGUUGUUGUAAAUAAUGAAUUAAGCCAAUACAAGAGUAAUAUCAAUUGA